AUGCACCAUGGGAAUUUUCUAACAUGGCUGCGCCCAUGCGGCGACUUUACGGGGAAGAUGCAAAGACAUCAAUAUGGUUUUCAAUACAUGAUAAAUAUAUGCAAAUUUAAUGUUGAACUCGGUACAGUAUGCAAUCUUUACCAAUUCGUUGUAUUUUGAGAUCAUCGGUUGAUCAUAAAAUAAUCCCAAGAACAAACAGAUUCCAGUUAGCAAAUUUGUCAACAAAACUGCACAGAAACCACGUGGUUCGCUCCAGAUGUAAACAAACUUUGACAUUCAGAAAACAGAACGAUGGUGUUGGAUUUGUGCGGCCUUUUUCAUAUUCAUUUGUCCGCCAGCGGAAAUUAGUGUUGGGGAUAGAGACGAGUUUCGAUGACACAGGAGCAGCAGUUGUAGACGAUGCUGGAAAUGUCUUGGGAGAAGCUCUCGAGAGCCAAACGAAGGUCCAUCUAGAACUGGGAGGAGCAAAGCCUGAUAUAGCAGUGAAAAUUCACAAACAGAACAUCCAUCCAGUUGUAGAAAGAGCCCUUUGUGAUGCAAAACUCAGUCUGCAGGAUCUGGAUGCGAUUGCUGUGACAAACAAGCCCGGCUUAGAACCUUGUUUGUAUGUUGGUCUUAACUAUGCCAAGGAACUGGUGGCUAAGUCAGGGAAGCCGAUGAUACCAAUUCACCACAUGGAGGCUCAUGCUCUCACUGUCAGGAUGAUCAAGGAAGUUGAUUUUCCAUUCCUGGUUCUCUUGGUAAGCGGAGGUCAUGCCCUCUUGACUGUGGCCCAAGGAGUGGACGACUUUCUGUUACUAGGUAAAGGACUGGACAUGGCACCUGGAGAUACCCUAGACAAGAUAGCCAGAUGCUUAAACCUGAAGGUGCUACCGGAGUGUCAGGGAAUUUGUGGAGGCGCUGCUAUAGAGAGAGUAGCCAGGGGAGGUAAUCACAAGGCUGUCUCAUUUCCAGGCACCAACAUCAAAGGUACUCCAAACUGUGACUUUAGUUUCAGUGGGACUCUAACAUUCGCCAGGAAUUGGAUUGGUGCUGAACGACAGAAACAUGGUCUUAACCAGGAUGACAUAAUACCCAAUGUGUCAGACUUUUGUGCAAGUUUCCAACACUGUGUCAUGCUACAGUUUCUUCGUAAGCUGCAGAGAGGGUUUCUGUUCUGUGAGCAGAAAGGUAUCGUUAGUGAGAAACCAACACUAGUGGUGUCAGGCGGGGUAGCCAGUAACCAAACACUGAAGAAAGGAUUUGAGGCCGUCUGUGAGGAAAGUGGCUAUCGUCUGGUGUGUCCUCCCCCUAAACUCUGUACAGACAAUGGCAUCAUGAUUGCUUGGAAUGGUAUGGAGAAGUUGCUCCAGGGUAAAGGGAUAGAACCAGAACCACAGGGAGUGAAGGCGAUCCCUACCAAAGUCUUAGCCAGUUGUCCUAUUGGUCAAUGUGCGAGAGAGGAACUUGUGUCCCGUCGUAUCCAGCUCCCGAAAAGUAAACCACUCCGUGUUCGUUUAGACGCCAUCUACUCUACCGAGAAACAGGAUUCACAUAAUGGAUGAAAACUGAUGAAUAUUUAACAGAUAAACUUUUUUGAUCAAAUCUCUUGAUCAGGUGCCUAGGCUUCCAUUUUGUGUAUAGGAACAACAUCUGUUUUAAAAAUAGUAUUAAAACAUUUUUUUAUAAAA